AUGGCAGAAGCAUUCGGCCUCGCGGUCAACAUUGCCACCAUUGUUGAACUAUCAACGAAAAUUGCAAAAGUAUGCCUUCAGUAUUCCAAAGAGGUCAAGAACGCGAAGGAAGAGAUAGACCGGGUCGAAAAGGAGACCCUCAACCUGAAAACCGUCGCUGAGAGUGCCUCGGAGCUGCUCGAGGGCCCCCAUGGCGCCACGCUGAAAACGUCCCAGACGUUGGUCGGUGCCGCCCAGGCAGCUGCGUCACGGCUCAAGGCCCUCGAUGCUGAGCUUCGCCCUUCCGACACUCGCAAGGCAAUGCGCCGGUUCGGCGUCCGGGCCUCCAAGUGGCCUUUCCAGAGCAGAGAUGUCGAAAAGACGGUGCGGGACAUUGAGAGAUACACGCAGAUGAUCUCGAUGGGGCUACAAAUUGACCAGACUGGCACAGAACGAUUCUACUCAGCCUCGACCAGAAAUUCGUGCUCGACAAACUACCAACCGCCCCCCGAGGCCUCAUUUGAUUCCCACGCUGAAAAGCAUAACCCGACUUGCCUACCAAAUACCAGGGUAGAACUCCUGAAGGAGCUGGAUCGAUGGACCAACGACCCCAGCGCAGAGGCCGUCUUUUGGCUCAAUGACGAGUGUGAGCAAGACAAUGAUAUCAAACUCAUCAUCAACUUGUUCUCCUCCGGAAAGGCUCUCAAGUCUCCACGACUCAAGGUUCUCCUCACUAGCAGGCCGGAACUGCCUAUUCGACUAGGGUUCAGUGCAGUACAAGGUACAUAUAACAACCUGGUUCUUCAUGAGAUACCUGCCCCGAUUAUUGAACACGACAUAUCAGCCUUUCUGGAGUACGAACUGGCGCGUAUUAGAGAUGAGUACAACAGCUCUGUUUCAGAAGAAGACGACUAUCUCCAGUCUGGCCUGAUAAAUCCAACUUUCAAACCCUAG